ACAGGUAUAGGUAUUUUACAAGUUAUGUUGUCAUUUACGGUGCUAUGGUACGUAAUCUGUAUUUUAGCCUGGGUUCUAUACUUCUUGUACAGUUCUUUCCUUCCCACAUUGCCUUGGACUACAUGUAAUAACUCAUGGAACACGGUCAACUGCACAGUAAUAUCGGACUUAGUUUCUGGAAGAUCUACAGACUCGUAUGCAGUUCAUACAAACAGUUCGUCCAUUAACGGAACUAUUUACACACAUGCGGAAGUAUACAAUAUGACUGCCAGUAUGUUGUUCGAUCCAUCUCCACUUUCGCCAUCUAAUAUUACAUCAGUGGUGACCAUGUCAAGUUCCUCAGCCUACGAAUUUUGGGAGUAUAAUGUAAUUGGACGGUCACGUGGUCUUGAGGAAAUGGGAAGUUUACAGUUGCAUCUUGUGAUCGGACUAUUCCUUGCUUGGUUAUUUUGUGUGGCGGCCGUCAUCAAAGGUGUUAAAUCUCUUGGAAAGGUCGUUUAUGUUACGGCUACGGCUCCUUACGUAUUUUUGACGAUAAUUUUUAUAAAGGCUCUAACACUUGAUGGAGCUAUUGAUGGUAUCAAAACAUUUGUGGAACCUGACUUUUCCAAACUUCUCACAACACAGGUAUGGUUAGAGGCGGCUCUACAAGUGUUUUAUUCAUUAGGACCGACUUGGGGCGGAGUAAUCACCAUGUCAAGUUACAACAAAUUCCAUCAGAAAUCUUUCUGGUCCUCUACCAUUUGUGUAGUCUUUGCUGGUUUUACAUCCUUUUACAACGGCAUGGUUGUAUUUGCUUUACUAGGAUUUAUGGCAAAGUCUUCUGGCAUGACAGUCGCUAAAAUAGCACAACAAUCGGGACCCGGCUUGGCGUUUGUUGUGUUUCCAACAGCAAUUAGCAUGAUGCCUGUACCACAUCUUUGGUCUGUACUGUUUUUCCUUAUGCUGAUCACGGUAGUCUUUGACAGCAUUUUUGGAAUGAUAGAGACGGUUACCAGUGGCAUUAUUGACCAAUUUCCACGUCAGUUACUGAAGAGGCGCGUUCUUGUUAACAUAGUUACAGGAUUCUUUUUCUUCCUCACAGGACUUCCGCUCUCAAUGAAUGGCGGAAUUUACCUUUUCCAAUUAGCCGACUGGUAUUUCUCCUCCUUUGCUUUAUUAAUUGGGUCUCUGUUUGAAUGUGUAUCAAUCUGUUGGAUAUAUGGUACUGACAGGUUUGCCCGGGAUAUAUAUUUUAUGACGGGGAGAAAUGUUUCUGUAGCGCUUCGCGUUUUAUGGACCAUCAUAAUUCCUUUAUUUAUUACGAUUGCAUUCUUCGCCUUGCUUACGCAAUAUUCCGCUCCGGAGUAUGGUGACGGGUAUAAAUACAGUAAAGGAGCCUUGGUCUGUGGUAUAAUGGUCGGCAUGUUACCUAUUGCAGCAAUGGUAGCUAUAGGAAUAUUUUCUGUAAUAAAUCAAGACGGUUCACUGUUACAGCGUUUUGUAGCGAGUCUAAAACCAAACGACACUUGGGGACCGUAUGAGGAAGGCACUCGGGAGAAAUACCUCAUGAAACCUUAUGUUUACCCAUCGACAUGGUGGCAAAAGUUCAAAGAAAAUAUUACAGGAACAAAAGAUCAUUUUUCAUUGUGAAAACAAUUGACGUGACUUUAGUUAUAUAUUCAAUAUUAUAUUGCAUUUUUUUAUACAUUUUAAUACAUUUAGUUAUGACUAGACUUAUUGUCAGUUUAAGAGAAAUAUUGGUGAUAAUUGAUAUUUCAAAAUAUAUUCCAAUUCCUUUUU